AUGGCUUCCGAUUUUCGAAAUUCAGCAGCUUCAUUUCCUCGUGGUUCCUCUAAUGUCCCAAAGCCAUAUCAUUCCCUUGACGGAUAUUGCCAAGUUAAUUGCACGUCGAGGCGUCGAGGCGUCGCGGUCUCCAUCAUAACAACACCCCUCAAUGCUGCCAGGUACAAACCCAUAAUUGAUAAUCCCAUAGAGGAAAACCUCAAGAUUCAAAUGAUUUCCCUGAAAUUUCCAUGUCAAGAAGCUGGACUGCCUGAGGGAUGUGAAAACAUGGAUACGAUCACUUCUCCUGAAUUAGUAAAUCCGUUUCUGGCCCGUGAAUUACUGCACACCCAACUUGAAAAAUUGAUUGGAGAAUUAGAACCAAAACCUGAUUACAUGAUUUCCAGUAAUGCUCUACCUUGGACUCAAGAAGUUGCUCAAAAAUGCAAGAUCCCUAGGAAUAUUUUUGAAACAAUUUCUUGUUUUACACUCUUGUGCUCUCGCAAAAUAAUGAAAAUUAUCGAAGACAAUACCAUUGUUUCAAAUUCAGAAUCUUUUUCGAUAUCAGAUAUGCCAUACAAAAUCGAAUUCACCAAAUCCCAGUUGCCUGAAUCGAUGAGGGAAAAGUCAUAUAAUUUUAAAGGGCUUGUAGAAAAAAUUUUGCAGGUUGAGGGUUCAGCACAAUUUAUUCUGCCUUGUCGCAUUUCAUUUGAACAGCUAAAAGAAAUUGGUUUAGGGUUGAAAGCAUCGAAUUUUUCUUUCAUUUGGAUCGUAAGAGGGCAGGAAUCUUCUGCAGAAGUAGAAAAAUGGUUAGCAGAAGACAAGUUUGAAGAAAGGGUUAAAGGGAGAGGCCUAGUAAUCCGAGGAUGGGCGCCGCAAGUUUUGAUAUUGUCUCAUUCUUCGAUUGGAGGAUUCUUGACACAUUGUGGAUGGAAUUCGACAUUGGAAGGAAGGCGAGCCAAUGAUCACUUGGCAUAUGUUCGCGGAGCAAUUCUAUAA